AUGGAGGGCACUGUGAAGGCCAUCGAGGCUGGGGGCAGCAAGCCUCGGCAGCGGCAGCACUUUGUGGAGACGGUGCUGGGCGCCCGGCGCCGGGAGGCCUGCAGUUGGCACAACACGCCGCUGGGUGAAGUUGUCCGCGGCAAUAGCGCCCAGCUGGAGGAGCGAGCGGUCUUGGCGACCAACCUGUACGGUUUGAUGCAUGAGCACUUCAAGAGCAGCGGGGACUUCUUCAAGGUGCUGGACGUGAAUGGCGACGGGGUCAUCCAGCACGAGGAGUUCCAGCGAUCCAUGAAGAAGAUCUUCAAAGGCGCCUUCUCCUCGGAGGAGUGCCGAAAGCUCUUCACCGCAGCGGACAGCCGCGGCCAGGGCAAUGUCACCAGCGAGGACAUCUAUCAACUCCUUCGUCUUGGGGCCAUUGCCACAGGCAAGGAGUUGCCAGAGGCGCCGGGUGCUUACCCCUCCGCUUCGGAGGACCCAGGCAGCCCUGCCGGCGGCGGCAGCAGGCCCGGCACCGCCAGCAGCAGCCGGCCCGGCACCGCUGGCAGCGCUAACCCCAGUAGCCCCAGCCCGAAUCCUGAGGUGGAAGGCCCUCCAGCCGUCACCAGCGAUGAUCUGUGGUCGGUGAGCCGGGAGGCAGCGCAAGGUAUGGUGGACCGUCUCACGCAGGAGCUGGUGAGGGUCAUGCCAGAGCGGCGACAAAAGAUCUUCCGGGAACUGGCGGGGGCUCGCGAGAAGAAGGAGAAGGACACCUUCCUCACAAAGCUGGGGGAGCUCGCAGGACAGGUCGUCGAGUCACGAUUCGUGGGCCUAGUGAAAGAGAUUUGGCCUGGAGUGUCCACAGGUGGGAAGGCACCCUUUGCGAGGUCCAUCAUGACCUCGCUUCGGUGGAUCAACAGUGUGAGUCAUGAGGAUGAUGGUUUACGAGCCCAGUAG